CGAUCCGUGACGCUACCAACAUUGGAGAAAUACUUGCGAGUUUUGGUUGUUCUUGCCUCGGCAUACAAAGGUCAUCUGACGGUAGCUUCGUUACCGAAUAAACACCGAGAUGAUUAGGAAGAUUCUUAAAACAUUUGCCAAGUUGAAUUUUGGUUACACGUACUAUCCCGUACUUCAUGGUCCAAACACUGUUUCAGAUGUAAAACCAUUCGUGCUCAUGGUGAAGCGGAGGCUGAGGCCGAUAUCUCAGCAGCUGUUUGCCAAAAAGGAAUUUAUAACUAUUGCAGGACUAGAGAGUUAUAUAAAGGAGGAAAAAAGGACAAAUUUUUUGGAACUUAUUCACUCAAGAAAACGACUACAAAAUAACUUAGAGAUAAUUAGUGAAAAAGUCGAGAAUAAGGAUGAAGUGGAUUGCAAGAGAACUUUAAAAGAUCGUCUGUUAGCUCUGGAAAGCUGGAUAGACAUUGGAUUCAUAACAGCCAUGGUGGAGGGUAAUGUCAAGAUUCACUAUGAUAUGGGAGAACUGGAGCUGGGGAAAUUAGACCAAGAAUAUUUCAAAGAUCCAGAUCUGGACUAUAUACUGCAGGAAACUGAGCUUGACAAAAGAAAGAUGGCUCGUCUGGAGGAUGAGGAAUUACAUCUUAUUUACAGCGUGAUUUACAGCGAAAAAUUUCAUCUGGGAGGCAAAAUAAGUCAAGAGGUAUUGAUAACAAGUUACUUAGUAUUGCCGUCCUUAGAGCCACACCGUCGUUUCUCCGACCACGUGACUAAUAGAAACAACAACUCUGGGGAAGAAAAUAGGCUUUUCCAUAUUAAGGCGUUGCGCAUGCUCACUGGACUCUAUUGCAAGAUUUAUUCAUAUUCCCAAACGCGCGUAAAAAAUUUCACCUUUCAAAUAGGAAGCACUUGUUAUGAGCGCAUCUAUUGGACAAAAAUUAAAAGGACAGAUUACACACACAGAGGAACUCUGAAAGCGCAUGGAGAUAGAAAUAACUGGAUCAGAAAAGAAACUGUUCUCCUCUACUGAUUCGGCAAUAGUCGAAGGUUUAAAAGUUAUAGAUUAAUUAGCAAUAGAAAUUGGCUUUUUCUUAUCCCUUCUAAU